AUGACUUCAAGUUUGAAGAAGAGGGAUGAAGAGAGAAUGAAGAAGAAUGUUGAGUGUAUGGUUGAAGAGUUGAAGAAGGUUGUUGAAGAUGUAAAAGUUGAAGCUAUGAAAGUGGAGUUUGUGAAGAUAGAAGAAGAAGUUGUUGAAGAAAAAGCUGUUACAGAAAAACAGCAUGUUGAUGAAGAAAUAAUGAAGAAGAAAGAAGAGAAAGAAAGUUUGAAUGUGGAUAGUGUUGGUGAUGAAGGUGCUGGUGAUGAGAAGAAGGAAGAGCUGAAGCAGACAGAUGCAGCAAUAAACACCGAGGUGCCAAUCACUGAGGUGCUCAAGAAAACUGAAGAUUGUGAGAAUGGAUUUCUGAGCAGCCUGGCACAACGAGAGGAGGAGAAGGCUGCAGAACCCUGUGUUGGUUGA